AUCAAUGCCUGAACGGUUCACAGUGAAUUUACUGAUUCUAAGCAAUGGCAGUUGGAAAUAUCUGAUUAAGUAGAAAACAUGGCCAAUCAAAAACCCAAAAAGAGUCGUUUGGAUCACAUGAUUUUCUAUAUUUCUGUAACUGUGAUACUAGUAAUGAAAAUGAGUGUUGUUCAAGGAUCGUUUAAAGAUGCAGAGUUUUGUGAAGCUUCAAAACUCACAAGAACAGUAGUAGAUAGUUGUCCAGAAGAUAAUGCGGGAGUAAUAGAAGCUGCAAACAGGAAGAACUGCUCAGCCAUUAAAAGUACUUGUUUGGGGAGGUUAGAGUACCACUGUGUUAUCAAUCCCUGGGGAAAUCUUACCAUAGAAGUGUGUGCUCCUGCCACAUGGAUUAGCACAGGUUUUUGUGCCGAGUACAAUGAAGGCGGAGGAAAGAUACAAGAAUAUUAUAAACAAACGUGUUCAACAUGCGAGAAUAAGUAUUUGUCGACAGAUGCAUACAAAUAUCCAGAAUGCUAUCCAAAACUGAAAGGGAAUGCAAAAAAACGAGACAGUUUUCCACAAUAUCACAGUCCACCUGCUAAAAAUGGAGUGAAAGCCAACAUCUUAAAUGUGACUGAUGAACUUUUCUGCAUACAAAUACUGCUGGGUAUGAUAUACCUUCUCCUACAGUACAUUUCCAAUAUGCUAUGAAGAGCAAUAUGUUUUAUUUUGGAUUUCAACCCAAUUCCUUCAAUAAUGUUCCCCUGCUUUGAUGAAGUUGGUAUAUAUUCUUCCAAGCACUUUAUGCUUUAACUUAAAGAAAAAUCCCGAUAAAAUUAUAUGAAUAUUUUUGACUCGCCAAACAUUCAAACGUUUUGAUGUAUUUUGUUAUUGUUUUUAUUGGGACAUGGAUACGGUUUCAGCUUUAAAAAUGAAAUUUAUUUUUCCAUUUUUUGUUAACAAAUGCUUAACUAAGAUACUGUUAAACGAUUAUCAAAAAAAGAGAAGAAUUUCAGGAGAUAAAGAAACAGAUUUAGAGCUCCAAACAUUUGUUACGUAAAAAAGGCCCCUGCCAUGCUUUUUUUUUUUUAACUCAGAUUAUAUAUAUUUAUAUAUGUUCGUUCAAAGGUGAUAUUUUCUAUAGAGAAGUUAAAUUCUAAAUACUACAGACAGUUGUUAAUGAUUUGUGUAGUCUACUCGUAGUUUUGUUAUUGAUAUUUUCUAGAUGUAAACAAAAACAGCUUCCUUUGCAUUAUGAGGAAUUUCAAAUCCUGUCUCCCCUUUAUAAAUCAACAAAUGAUGUUCAAAUUUUUGCUGAUCAUUUGAAUUGCCUUAAUUAGGAAUUGUAAACAUUAAGUUUGGUUUUUUUUACAGAAUUCAUUUUAAUCUGUGUCCAUGUUAUAUUAUGGUAUAGUUUCGAAAUUGUUGAAUGGUUAUAAACCAAAUUUUACUGGUGAUGCCUAAGCAGUACCGUAAAAACGGAUGGUUGGGCUUCUUAUCUUUAUAUUUUAUUUAUUUACU